UCCGUCUCCUUCCUCAGCCGACUGACAUUUACGGCCGCAAAUCUGGCAAUCAAAGAUUUUCUCCCACCGAAUGCAAUCGGCUAUUAGAGCGUCUGGAUCAAAGGGUUCUUUUUCCCCGGAGCAUCUGAGACCGAGGAACGGAAAAAACGCGAAACGAGUGACAUUUGCAGGGAGAGAAAGUCUGUGUUGCGGAGCAGAGAUAAGCGCUCCGUGAUACCGCGUACAUGCGAGGGACUCAGCCGCAUUCGCCCAGCUGAUUUUAGGUGUUCAUAAAACAUCUCUGACGUUGCUUCGCAGCUCAAAUCAUACCGAGAAACAAAACUUGGCUUCGUCGUGGAUACAGAAUAAAAACAGCAUGGAAUAGACACGGAUGCCCUGGGAGUUGUCUGCUUGAGAAGAGAAUAGCGGCUUUGCUGUUGAAACGCCCGAAAAACUGUUUCCAUCCACCGUAAGGCAGACCCGAACACAGCGGCUGUAAAAUGUCUGUCCCGAACGUGUUGGCGAAGGCCCUGUACGACAACGUGGCGGAGUCUCCGGACGAGCUGUCCUUCAGGAAGGGUGACAUCAUGACGGUGCUGGAGCGCGACACGCAGGGUCUGGACGGCUGGUGGCUCUGCUCGCUGCACGGCCGCCAGGGCAUCGUCCCCGGCAACCGCCUCAAGAUCCUGGUGGGCAUGUACGACAAGCAGCAACAGCAGCAGGUGACCCCGCCCCCCGGCCAGGGGCCCCUCCCCCAGCACAGUGCCUACACCAAGCCCUCGCCCUCCUCGCAGUACACUGCCAUGCACCCCGCCUUCCCCGCCCCCAGUCCCGCCCCAGCCACGCCUGACAGCGUCUACAUGCUGCCUCCCAACCACAGCAAGCCUGCCCCCCAGAGCCUGUACCACGUCCCCACGGGCCCCCAGUUCCCCCCCGGCCCCCCCAAAGCCCCUAUCCUCAUGCAGAAACAGGCGCAGUACCACCCCCAGGGGCAGGAUGUCUACCAGGUACCCCCCUCCAUCAGCACCCCCGGGCAGGAUAUCUACCAGGUGCCCCCUGGGUCCAAGGGCUCCCCUCAAGACAUCUACCAGGUGCCCCCCUCUGCGGUAGGCCCCGGUCCCAGCCAGGACAUCUACCAAGUACCCCCCUCCAUGAACCAAACUCAGGACAUCUACCAGAUCCCCCCCUCCAUGGAGAAGAGGAACUGGGACUCCCCCAAACCCCCUGGAAAGGUGGUAGUGCCCACACGUGUCGGCCAGGUGUAUGUGUACGAAACCGGGAAGACGGAGCAGGAUGAGUACGAUGUCCCUCGUCACCUGCCCCUCUCCCAGGACAUCUAUGACGUUCCUCCAACCAGAGCCCAGUACAACCAGCAGGUAUAUGACACGCCCCCCAUGGCUGUGAAAGGCCCCCCCAGCCGGGACGGAGGUCAGGAAAUCUAUGACACGCCCCCCAGUGUGGAUAAGAGCCAACUGUUGUCCCAGCAAACGGUGUACGACUUCCCGCCGUCCGUCAGCAAGGACGUUCCAGAUGGGCCAAUCAGAGAGGAGACGUACGAUGUGCCACCCCACUUCACCAAGAUGAAGAAAGGGCCAGAGAAUCAGGGCUUCCUGUCUCCAGGACCGGCCCAGGAGGCUCUGCCCGACGACGUGUAUGACGUCCCGCCCCCGGCGCUGAGCGGCAAACGCCACGGCGACGGCCCCGCCCCCUUCGGCCAGGAGAUCUACGACAUCCCGGCCAGCCUGCGCAAGACGGGCCCGUCUGAGCGGCCGCAGGACGUGUACGACUUCCCCCGCGAGCGGGCGGCGGGUGGCGACGACGCAGGAGACUACGUGUAUGACGUCCCCCCGCAGGUGGUGCGAGACCCCGCCCCCGCUGGCCCCGGGGCCGACGAUCCCGCAGUCAGCUUCAAGCGGCUGUCGGCCUCCAGCACCGGCAGCACACGCUCCAACCUCUCCACAUCCUCCCUGGACCUGGUGCCGGUGAAGGAGCCGCCCGCCUCCUCCUCCUCCUCGCUGGGAGGAAGGCUGAACCUGGAGCUGGAGCAGGCGAUGGAGCGGCUGGCCCGGCUGCAGCAGGGGGUGGAGGGCUCCGUCUCCCUGCUCAUGUCCUUCAUCAGUGGGGGCUGGCGCGCCCCCGAGCAGCUGGAUGCCAACCUGCCCGCCAUCCGGCAGGCGGUGGAGCGGGUGAAGGCGGCCGUGCGGGACCUGCUGGACUUCGCCCGCGGGGCGGUGGUGAACGCCGCUCAGGCCACCGACCGCACUCUGCAGGCCAAGCUGGGCAAGCAGGUGCAGAAGAUGGAGGAGGGGUACCAGGGGCUGCUGCGGCACAGCCAGGCGCUGGACGGCGUGGGCUGGGCCCCUGGGGCCCUCAUGACCCCCUGUCCCGGCGGCGACGACCUGGACCGCCUGGUCAUGUGCGCUCGGGGCGUGCCUGACGACACCAAGCAGCUGGCGUCCUUCCUGCACGGAAACGCCUCGUUGCUCUUCAAACGGACCAAGCAGCAGCUGCCUCUGCCGCCCGUGCCCCACGCCGCCGACCCCCUCGGCCAGCUCGCCAACAACAACAACGUCACAGCCUAUCAGACGGGGGCACCCGAGCGGGCCAACAUCCAGUCCCGCCCCCUGCCGUCCCCGCCCAAGUUCACAGCCGAGGAGGAGUCCCCAGACCGGCCUUACGAGACCACGGAGGAGGGCUGGAUGGAGGACUACGACUACGUGCACUUACAGGGGAAGGAGGAGUUUGAGAAAAAUCAGAAGCAAUUAUUAGAAAAAGGGAACAUUAUUCGGCAGAACAAAAUUCAGCUGGAACAACAGCAGUUAAAACAGUUUGAGCGGCUGGAGCAGGAAGUCACCCGACCAAUCAACAACGACCUGUCGAGCUGGACCCCGCCCUCUCACUACCCGGCGACGCGGAGCAAGCUGAGCGUGGGCGACCGGCAGUUACUGCUCUUCUACUCGGAGCAGUGCGAGGCCAACAUCACCACGCUGACCAACGCCGUCGACGCCUUCUACUCCUCCAUCAACAACAACCAGCCGCCCAAGAUCUUCGUGGCGCACAGCAAGUUCGUCAUCCUCAGCGCCCACAAGCUGGUGUUCAUCGGCGACACGCUGUCGCGGCAGGCCAAGUCGCCCGAGGUGCGGGCACGCGUGGCCCAGCACAGCAACGCCCUGUGCGACAAGCUGAAGGACAUCGUGGUGAGCACCAAGACGGCAGCGCUGCAGUACCCCUCGCCUGGUGCCGCGCGGGACAUGGUGGAGAGGGUGCGUGAGCUGGCCAACUGCACACAGCAGCUGCGAACCGCGCUGGGUCAGCUGGCGGCCAUGUGAGCACGGGACCCCC